UCAACGGUUAGAAGAAAGUGACGGAUCUAAGAUUUGUCGGAUUUCUAGGGGUGUAAAACCAAGAUGGCGGAUCUAUCUGUUAGAUAAAAGUAGAGGAUCCAAGAUAUGUAAUUGUUUUCUAUAGGCGUAAAGAAAAAAAACCAUACUACGUUAAUCGGAUAAAGUUCAGAUCAAUGGCUCAUUCAAGGUAUUGAUUACUAGAUGGUAAUUUUCUGUAACCAAGUGUCAUACGAUACUGCGAAAUCAAGAUCCAAGCUAGUAGAUUUGCUAAUAGAGAGGUGUUAAUUCUUUAUUAUCUGUGUCAAAUCAAUUAAAGAUAACGGCUUAUCUUUAUUAUUGCGUUUACAAAGAAGAUGAGAUGUUUUCUAGUCAUUGUUCCGUUAAUCAGUUCUCAAGAAAGUGACAAUGAGCGAGUCCUAUUAUAAUUAUUUUGAAAUUUUAAAAAACUCAAAUCUGCGACCUGAGGAAAACACAUUUACACAUGGAUUAAUGACAGUCGGUUUGAGCGAUGAAUUAAAUGUUAUGAAGUCUUACUCAAUUAUAAGUAAUUUAAUCCUUUCGGUAUAUAUAUGCAAGACUAUCUACUUUUAACAUAUAUCACUAUAAAAUUCAUAAUGGAUAGGGAAAGUCUAUGCUGUGCUGAAGAAGAAAUCAUUUACAAAAUAGUAAGUUCAAUAAAAGACUUGAAUACUUUAUUCACUUGGGCGGUCAACCACGCGCUGGCAAAUCACCCGAUAGUUGCUAGAAGAACUCUUCAGCUCUUGGAAUGGGAGAAGUUACAAAAAAGAACUAACGAAGAUGACGAUUUUUUGGAAGACUUUAUGGGAGUUUUACCUGAGGAUCACAGGAUAUAUAGGGCCGUCCAGAAAAUAAACGACGUUGAACGUUUAAAGCAAUGGUCCGAGAAAUGGGGUGUAGCCGACCAUUACAACGUGAAAAGAAGAAUGAAAUAUUUAAGGAACCUCGCGGAGGAACAAAAGUCCAUGGAGAAUGCUGAGGUCCAAAAUGGGGAAGAACCUACGGAAGCUGAUGAUGCAGAAAAUAAUCAACAGCAAAAGCCAAAGCCUAGCGGGAAGGGGAAAGGUGUCGAUUGUAAACGCUGCGGACAUGUUUGUAAAAACAAAAGGGAAUUGAUUAACCAUAGGAAAGAGCACAGAGUUAGAGGCGCUCACCGAUCAUCAACAAUCCCCGAAAAAGAAAACCAGCCCUCUACCGCUUUUCAACCAAUCCCCGAAAACCAACCAUCAACAUCGUAUCAACCGCUGGAGAGAGGAUCACCUCCAACAGGUCAUUCUGUAACAUGCAGAAAAUGUCGAGAGUCUUUUCCUAACAGAAGAGCGCUGUACCUCCAUCAGAAACUACUCCAUCAAAGCGGUGAAGGAACAGAGGUACAGUUUCCAUGGGAAGAACGAGGAGACCAAGCCCCAUGGGGUGAUGAUGAAAGACUUCGCGACACCUUUUUGGCGAAUAAAAACUUCAUUUUGUCAAAGGGAGAUAAAGGUUCUCUAAAGACAACUGUUAAUUCUCCAUUAGAAAAUAACGUUUCUACAGAAAAUUUAAUCGAAAUUCUUCAAAAUUCCUGUCGAACAGAAUCACGCACUUUCAGAUUGAAUCUUUCUUUUGGUUUUAUUUUACAAAAUGUUGAGACUAGAGAAUAUAGAUAUUUCAUCCCAGAUAGAAACGAAACUGUUUUUGAUCGACCAGUUCUCAUAAAUAACAUGAGAGAUAUCAGAAAGAAAUUGCGCGAGAAAUUAAAUUCCAUAAAUCUAAUGGAGUAUUUACAACGACAGCGACCAAACAGUAAAUGGCGUAUUGUUCACAUCACAAAUAGAAAUAAAAUGGAAUUACGAGAGAUAAUACUAAUUAGGAUUAAAAGAGACGAUUUAGCUGAUAAUAGAACGAUUUAUGUUGAUAUAACAACACACUGGGAUUGA